AUGGCUUCUAAUGCGACGUCCACCAUCCCCAUGCCCUCUGGGGCGCUCCAAGCUGAUCCUAAGACAAUUGUCGGCCCACUCUUCGUAGGGAAUAUACUCAAUUGGCUUUUGCUUGGUAGCUUGGCGGUCCAAUUGUAUAUCUAUCUAAAUACGAAGCAGCGACAACAGGAUCCUAUUUGGAUCCAGUCCCUUGUCUAUGGUGUCUUUGUUCUCGAUCUUGUGCAGACCGUCACUGGGACACAUGCCUGCUGGUUUUACGCAAUCGAAAGCUGGGGCAACACGGCUGUCAUCAUCAACGUGAUACCCUGGAGUGCUCCCACCAUCCCCAUAUUCGACGGCUUGAUUGCGCUCUUGGUUCAGUCGUUCUACGCUUGGCGUAUCUGGACGUUAACUCGAGUACAGUGGAUUCGUCUACCAGUCGUCUUGAUUGUUCUUGUAGCUCUCAUGCAGUGCGCCGCGGGCUGGGCGUCGUCUAUAACUGUAUAUGUCAGCAGUGGCUCAGUAUCGUCUCUGCCGGUGAUCCAAAGUAGCAUCGAUGUAUGGUUGGCAGGAAGUUUCGCAAACGACAUGAUCAUCGCCGCUUGCAUGAUAGGAUUGCUCUACCAAGCUCGAACACAGUCACCUUGGGCUCAAUCACAGAGUCUGUAUGACCGCCUGAUUGCGAAUACUGUUCAGACUGGGCUUCUCACGGCAGUUGUGGCUGGUGUCGACCUCUUUCUUUGGGAACAUUACAAGACGCAGAACUUCCACCUUGCUACGGCGUACAUCCUCGGCAAACUUUAUAGCAACUCUUUCCUGUCUACACUUAACGGGCGCGUCUUCCGCAGUCACCGUUCUGAAUCUCGACACGAGACACUUUCAGGCAGUGGUGCCAGCGGCAAUAGCGGAGGGAUGCAGAUUCACGUAUCGCAAGAUCGUGAGCGUCGGAUUGAUGCGGAAGCGGGCGCUCGCUCCUCAUUCGGCCGCCCAAAGCGAGUCGAACGCAAGGUCAACAGCGGCCCCAUGCUGGACUGGAAACCUGCGGAAUCCGUCGAUCGGAGUAGCGACGAGCAUGUAUACGCGCUGUCCAAUUUUUCGACCGCUGAUGGUGCCCCUGCCGGAAAACCAAUAGCGGUAUGA